AUGACUGCAAUCCAUAUAGUUGAUCAGAUCACGACAGCUAUUGAAAUAUUCUCAGCCAUAUUAUUGUUUUUUGAGCUGAUCUUUGUAUGUUUCGUCCGUCGGAGACUGAUGAAGAGCACCUUCUUCCAAUGUUUUGUGCUCAAUGGAUGCUAUGGACUCCUGUCUUGGGCAGUGUCCUAUCAGCUGCUCCGUUCGAUCGGGGCUAAUUCACUUCCUUAUCUUUCCUUUUUAAUGCUUUUAAGUGGCCUUUCACUACAUGGCUACCUCUUGAGCAGUUUCCUAACAUCGUUAAAUCGCUUUACUGCUAUAGUGUUGCCUUAUGCUUUCGAUCAUGUGUGGAAGCUACAACAUGUAAUGCUCUAUUUUUCAACUGUGAUACUUUGCUCAGUGUUAUCUGUAUAUUUUCGUAUCGGUGUACCUAUAGAAGCAGAAUGGAUUGAGGAACGUCAAGAAUACCGCUGGCUAGGCUAUCCUCCAAACAUUCAUAAGAGAAGGUAUAACAGCAAAAACCAUCGUGGGUCAAAGAAAUUUAUUGUAUUUCUCCGUCAUUUCCUUUCUGUGCUCUUUUCUCAUAUGUCUGCAACAGCUAUCAGCAAAUCUCAUAAAGUUCCAAGGAAAUCAGGAAUUAGCCAAUGUAAUAUUCAAUCUGUACUUUCCGAUCAGUACGUUCGCCAUCUUCGUAGAACCAUACGCCAUCAUCUUCUUCAGCUCCGCGCUGAGGCAUGAGAUUUUGAUAUUUUUUGGCAAAACAGGAAGAUGGGAGAGCACCAUCCACUCGUUACAUAUAAAAUAGCAAAAAAAACGGGAUCCAUGUCAUCAGUCUACUUGUCAC